AUGCUUCCUGUAAUUAAUAUUUGCCCUUAUUUUAUUCUUUUAUUUAUUUUGGACAUUUCAAGUGCCUUUCGUGAAUUCUCUGUACCAUUGGAAUAUGCAAUAGAAGAUAUUUACUUGCAACUUGGCCAAAUCCGCAUAAAACCUUUUGUUGGAAGUCACAACAUUGAAAAUAUUCUUCCUGCAACAGCAGAAUUUAUUGCAACGUCAACAGAAGUAAUUACUCAAUGGAAAAAAGAUUUGGAAACAAAUCCUUUAAAUAAAGAAUAUAAAAUGAAAAGUGGACAAAUAUUUAGCAGUAAUUCUGUUGAGGGCUAUAUUCAAUCAAAAUAUGUUCAUUUAUUGGUUAUUACUGCUGAUUUGGACAAUCAACGUAUCCAUUCCUUGACACAUUCUCCAGCGCCUCUAAGCGUAAUAAACAAUUCUACCAAUAUACAAAUAAAUGAAAAAUCGCCGUCUCCAUUAAUUCUUAUUAGAGUUCAAGGAAUUGUUGAUCUUCCAGGUCCUGAUACCGCAACAUAUUUGCGUAGAGUAGAAGAAGAAAAACGUGCUCGUCAACAAGGUGCUACACAAGACAAUCGAAGUUUUCUUCAAAAAUAUUGGAUAUAUUUUGUUCCAGUAAUUGCUUUUAUGGUCUUGUCAAAUGUCCUCAACCCAGAACCUCAAGGAGCUGAAUAA